AUGAGUAAACUACCCUUUAAGGGUGGUAUGGCUACAGCACAAAGAAAUUCAAGUCUUUUAUUAUUUGGUGGAGAAAAUUCAACGACCCGUUUUACAAAUACAUUCUAUUCCUUGACUCAAACAACGACAUCUUUUACUUGGAAUACUCUACCACAAAAAAAUCCACCUCCUGGCGUCGUUUAUGCGCAAGCAGUAAUGGCAAACAAUAAUAAUUUUUAUCUCCUCGGUGGUUUAACAGAAUCAGCCAACAAUCAAUCAACGCUUCCAUAUUAUUCGUAUUCAUUUGACACGCAAACUUGGACUGCUGCACCAUCCAAUACAGCAAAUAAUGGUACAAAUUCCACUUUACCAGGCAACCGUUAUUUUCAUUCAGUCGCUUAUGAUGGACAGAACAGCAUCUAUAUCUAUGGUGGUGGCUCUGCUAAUGGAACCGGUGUGUUUUCUGAUUUAUACAAGUUGGAUAUCACCACUGGUCAGUUCACACUCUUGCAGGAUUCCACAAUCAGACGUUACGGUCAUACAGCAUCAUACCUAAGCAAUGGUCUAAUUGUCAUCUUGGGUGGUGUCUACGUUAAUCCUCAGGGUAAGACAGAGUUGGUGCUAAUGAACCAAGUAACAGUGUACAAUACAAAGACAAAUGCAUGGAGUAUGCAGCCAGUAAAAUCUGCUGGUUCUAGCUUUCCUUCAGCAAGAGCAAACCAUAAUGCAGUUGUCAGUGAUAAUGGAGAAAUGGAAAGAAAUAAAAUGUAUUUGAAUGCUAUAGCUAUCUUGGAUACAUCUAGUUGGACUUGGUCUGUUCCUAAUGUCAGUGGUAUUCCUCCUUCUAGACGUUCUUACGCAUCAGCCGGAAUUUUAGAUGGAAAGCAUCUUACAGUAGCAUUUGGCGAGGCCCUGAAUACAUAUAUAAACGAUAUCAAUGUUUGGGAAAUUGAUUCAGGUGCAUGGCUCCAAAAUUUUCAAGCUCAGACAGUCCCAGGAUCUUCUGUUUCUGCUGGUUUGAUCGCAGGCGUCACUGUCGCUUGUGUUGUGGUCGUGAUCAUUCUUUUAUUCUUACUCUGGAAGUUCCAGUCCUACGUUAGAUGGCUUAUCAAACGUAUACAUAGAGACAUCUGGAAGCCACGUACCGGUGAACCUCUUUGGGCAGAGACAACAAGAAUCAUUUUCCAAAUCAUCUUGUUGUUCAUAUUUGCUGUCUUUUUGGCCUUUGUUAUUCGCCAAGCCGUUGAUAGUCCGAAUGUAACUCAAACUAUCGAAGAAGCUACGGCAACGGUUGAAAUUCCAGACGUUCGAUUCUGUUUUGACGGUUUCCCAACCAGUUACAGUCCAGCAACUGACCCUGUUAGAGCCUUGGGUGUCGCCUGUAGCACUAACUCUGGAUACAGUUGCAAUCAAUAUAUACAACCAUUAGACAUGAGUAUUUUCCAGCCUAUGUUUGCAGACUCCUUAGGAGCUGUCGUUUGCUACCUGUUCAAGCCAUCCUCGGAUUUUGUGCUUACCUCUACUGCAGGAAACAAUAACGGAACUAGACUGCUCUUCACCUUCUUUGGUGACCCAGCCGCUACCUACGCUCGUAUUCACGUCUCGGUCUAUCCUCAAAAGAUGGAUCCCAACUUAAUAGUCUAUGGCCUUCCUAAUGAGGUUAUCAUGAGCCCUGCAGACAUCGAAAACUGGAGAGUGACCGAAUUGAACGACUUGCAGGCCGAGAACGUUUAUGAAAUCCAACCUUUCACUUACAACUCAUUGACCUACACACUUAUCGACCAUCGAUACUUACAACCCAAGGGAUGGAAUUACGUCGGUUUCUUACCCAUCACCAAUUCUACUCCUGAAAUCGAUACCAUUUUCCGUGCGGAGGCACCCAAUCCUGUCUACAACCUGACUCAUGGCGAUCUUGGCGUUCUCUCGGUGAUUCCGAGUAAAUAUGUUCGUACAAUCGAAAGGGAAGUCAAAGUAUACACACUUGUGAACGCUAUUGGAUUUGUCGGCGGUAUCUUUGGUCUCUUAGUUGCCAUCCAGACCUGGCUCUUUGGUUUCCGUCCUCGAUCUCCUUGGGGCGUUGUUCACCGAUGGAGCGUAGGUGAGAUGAAACGUUCUCUCCUUCGAGGCCUCCAAUCCAAGUUCAGGAUCACCAAUUCGGGUAUCCCUCUGGUGCAUCCUGUCCAUCAUCGAUUCAGCAUGACUGAUAUCACACAGAUCGACGAAAGCGAAUCGCAACGUAUUGCUCGUGUAGAAGAACGAAUGCAGAUGCUCGAAAUGUUAUUCAAGGCCUACUAUGUUGAUGAUGAAGUGUUCCGAUCUUUAGAUGACGCAAACCGUGUCAAGCAGUUAAACAACAUGAGCCAAAACAAUAACUCAUCGCCAAGGAACAUGAACAGUCGAUUUCCUUCCAACUUUUCAGAGAAUCCAAGAACAGAAAAGGUAGAUGAUGCGUUCAUGUCGCCCAAGCCUGCGUCGUUCUCCAGACAAGAUACAGAUGCUAGCUCUGCCUCUCAUAUCCCACUAACCCAAAGAAACUACCAUGCUCCUUCUUAUCAACCGAACACGACUGUUCAAAUGCAUGAAGAGGAUGAAUUGUAA